AUGGCAUCUCGAGUCGUCGCUUUUGUAACUGGCGGAAACGGCGGUAUUGGAUACGAGGCAGUCAAGGCACUUCUGCAGUCCAGCAAGCCAUACCACGUCUUGAUGGGCAGCCGGUCUCUGGAGAAGGCCAAGUCUGCUAUUGAAACCCUCAAGGAGGAAUGCCCAGAGGCGAGCAACACUGUCGAAGCUGUGCAACUCGAUCUUACCAGUGACCAAUCGAUCGAGAAUGCCCUCAAUCAGGUGCAGACCAACCAAGGCCGUCUGGAUGUCCUCAUCAAUAAUGCAGGAGCGACCUUCGACCUGGAAUUCCUCGCCAGCAAGGUCUCACUGCGCGAGUGUUUCAACAAGGCCUAUGAUGUCAACGUUUCCGGCACCAACGUGAUGACCUGGACAUUCAUGCCUCUCUUGCUCAAGUCGGCUGAUCCUCGUCUGCUCUUUGUCACCGGGCUUUCAGGCAUCACAAAAGCUGCCGAGGGUCCGUAUUAUCCUACUCCGCCUCAGCCAGCAGGCUGGCCCAAGAAGAUAAUGUUCGAGACGAUCGGAUACCGAUGCAGUAAGUGUGCGCUGAACAUGCUGAUGGUGGAUUGGAACCACAAGUUGAAAGCAGACGGGGUCAAAGUCUGGGCCAUCGGACCUGGUAUGCUGGCAACAAACCUUGGAGGUCUGGGUCCAGAGAAGGCGGCGGAGAUGGGAUGCGAACAUCCAAGGGCCGGCGGAAACCUCAUCAGAACCGUUGUCGAGGGAGAAAGGGACGCCGAUGUCGGCAAGAUCGUGACUCGUGACGGCAUCAUGACAUGGUAG